AUUGCGUCAAUUUGGGCUUCAACCACGUCUUCAGUCUCCGAGUGGAGCUACUCAGAAGAGCCAAAACAGGAAGGGGGUUGCAAAUCAGUGAGCAAAGGCGAGGACCGAAGCAUCCCCUCCCCCCCUCUCUUCCAGCCCCCUCGGAGCCUUUUCCUCCACCUUCCCCACUGCUCGUGUCUCCAGGUUUGGGGUUGUUGUUUUGUUGUUGUUGUUGUUUUUCUUUUUCUUUUUAAGGAAAAAAAAACAACAACAAACAACAAACCAAACCAUAAACCACAUUAAAAAAACCCCAAACCAACAACAAAACAAACCAAACACGGCGGAAAAGAAGGUUGCCCGUGACCAGUGAGACCGGAGAGCACGGGGGACAGCAGAGCAGUGCGUUCGGCACCUCGGGCAGGUCGCUCGGCCCCCCGGGGGAGGCGACUCCCGCAUCCCGGACAGCGGCUCCCGCAUCUCCCGCAUCCCGGACAGCGGCUCCGCUCGCCCCGCACGGCGGACCCAGCCCCGCGGAGCGCACCGCGCCAACAUGGCUCCGAUCGCCGCCGGCCGGCAGCAGCUCGAUGAAAUUCCUACAGUGGUUGGGAUCUUUAGUGCAUUUGGCCUUGUCUUCUCUGUCUCCCUUUUUGCUUGGAUCUGCUGCCAACGUAAAUCUUCCAAAUCCAAUAAAACCCCUCCGUAUAAGUUUGUCCAUGUUUUGAAGGGGGUUGAUAUUUACCCUGAGAAUCUCAACAGUAAAAAGAAGUUUGGAGCAGAUGAUAAAAAUGAAGCAAAGAACAAGUCAGCGAUGCCAAAGAAUUCUCUCCAUCUUGACCUGGAUAAGAGAGAUCUGAAUGGCAACUUCCCCAAAACAACCUCUAAAAUCCAGAGCUCUCCAGAUCUUGAAAAUUCAUCUCCUAAGCAUUUUGCAGAAAGGAAGAAAGAUUCAGUAUCCCCUGAUAGUCUAAAAUCCAUCACUUCUCUGUCAUCUGAAGAUAAACAAGACAAGCUAGGAACUCUCUUUUUCUCCUUAGAGUACAACUUUGAGAAAAAGGCAUUUGUAGUGAACAUCAAAGAAGCACGUGGACUGCCAGCAAUGGAUGAACAGUCAAUGACUUCUGAUCCCUACAUCAAAAUGACAAUCCUGCCUGAGAAAAAGCACAAGGUGAAAACCAGAGUGCUGAGGAAAACUUUAGAUCCAGCUUUCGAUGAGACUUUCACGUUUUAUGGGAUCCCAUAUAGCCAAAUUCAAGACUUAACACUUCACUUUGUGAUCUUGAGCUUUGACAGGUUUUCCAGAGAUGAUGUCAUUGGAGAAGUCCUCAUUCCCCUUGCAGGAACUGAACUAUCAGAAGGGAAGCUGCUAAUGGACAGAGAGAUCAUCAAAAGAAAUGUUAGGAAAUCAUCUGGGCGUGGAGAACUACUGAUCUCUCUCUGUUAUCAGUCUACAACAAACACGCUCACUGUGGUUGUUUUAAAAGCCAGGCAUCUACCUAAAUCUGAUGUGUCAGGAUUAUCAGACCCUUAUGUCAAAGUGAACCUCUAUCACGCUAAGAAGAGAAUUUCUAAAAAGAAAACCCAUGUGAAGAAAUGCACUCCAAAUGCAGUGUUCAAUGAAUUGUUUGUCUUUGACAUUCCUUGUGAGGGCCUUGACGAUAUCAGCAUUGAAUUUUUGGUUUUAGAUUCAGACAGGGGGUCAAGGAAUGAGGUCAUUGGCAGGUUAACCUUGGGAUCUUCAGCAGAAGGAACAGGUGGAGAGCACUGGAAAGAAAUUUGUGAAUAUCCUAGGAGACAGAUUGCCAAAUGGCAUAUGUUGUGUGAUGGUUAGCAGCUCAGAGAGGGGAUGCAACUUGAAAAGCUGUGUAUGUUUCCAUAGGCAAGAAGUAGUUUUUUUCUUUGAUAUUUAUAAUUACAGGCUUGUAACUACAAGAUUUUUUUAAUAUUUUUUUUGGGGGGAGGGCUCUGGGGAAUAAAAAAUGGAUUGAAUUAUCAGAACAGAAGGAAACUAAAGUUUCACCAUAAAUAAAGGAAUUUGUAUUACAUUAGAAUUUCACCUAAUUCUGUGAGAUGCUUAUUCUUCUGGAGUUUUAAUAGUCUGAAGAUUUUGAAGCACUACAAACUUCAGUAAGAACAGGCUAUGUUUUAUGAAAAAGUUACUGGAAGCAUUAUUAGUACUGUUAUACAGAAGAAGAUAAUCUCAUUAAAAUAUACCACUAAAUCUAGAAAAACAAACAAACAAAAAAAACCCUGUGGCUUAAUGGGAAGGGGGCUGAGUCUGUAAAAGUCACAGGGAAUGAGAGUGAGUAGGAGGGGAGUUCCUUCUGUCCCUCCAUCAAAAACCUUCUAUGAAAAUUCAAUCAUUGUUUUUAAGUUUUUGGUUACUUAUACUUUGAUCAUCCCAAAGACUGAAGAGAUUUUCAGCAAUUUACUUUACAUACCAUAACAUGCAAUUAAUUGUUUUAUGUGUGGUAAUACUGUAUAAUUAUUUACAGUUUACUUUUAAAUAUGUAUGUAUAUAAUUUGUUUUAUUACAGUGACUGAAAUAGAUACAUUCUUCAAAUCAUCAAGCAAUUUAACAUACAUUCUUUUGUUGAAAAGGGCUGCUUUAAGGGUGACUGCACAUGCUAUAGUGUAGCUAGAAUUUGGGAUUAGAUAUGGCUUGCAGUUUUUUCCUCCAGCAAGGACUUAAGUAUUUCAAGCCAUGGAAAAGCGUUUCUGUUGAGACGAGGUAACAUGCAGGACAUUACAGUCAAUGACCUUCCACCAAUUAUAUUUUAAACCAGUCAAUAAUACUUGAAGAAAAGUAGUUUCUUCUUUUGUUUUACUUUAAAAGAAACAAAAACAAAGAAAAGAAUGAGACAGAGAACAAAAUCUUAUUAGGCUGUUUAACUUUAUGAACUGUGAGUAAUACCAUUAUAGUUAACAAGGCUACUCCCCACAUAAGGAUUUGAAUGCAUUUUUAAUCUAUUGCAGGAUCAGAAACAGAACUCACAUUACAAUUUAUCCAAUAUUAUGUUAGACAAACUACUUGGAAAGUGCAUUUCACUUAGAUUAUAUGCAUUGAAGUCCAUGCUGAUUGUGCUGAAAAUUGGUGGUGGUAAGGGAAAAUAACAUUCUGAUUUCAUGUUAGUUUGACAUAUGUAUGUUUAAACUUAAAAUUUGCAAGGCUGGGGGAUCAUUAUAUGUAACAUAAAUAAUACAUAAAUAAAGCAUUUAGAUCUGUGAAAUUUACUCUUGGUCAUGCCAGAUAGAUUUUUAGGCUGUCAAAAUUAGAGCACAACUAUUAGCAGAUUAUUUCGUAAGGUUUGUACACUGCUUUCUGAUACACAAUUGUUUUCAGAUAUUACUCCUACAUAAUUUUCAGUUACAAUAUAUAGGAAGAAGAAUAUAAUGAUGUUAGUUGUUGACGUAAGAAGGAUUUUAAAAGUGAAAAACCGUUUUCAGUAUUUUUGCUUACGUCAUUUUGUCAUGUGUAAUGCCACUGAAGUGAAUAAAACUUUUUGGGGAUUAACAUAUUGCUCAGUGUGAGUACAGGUAACAGAAUGAGCAUGUCAGGUAAAAAAACCCACAUACAUUGGAUGUCAGAUUAUUUUAAUGAAAAAACAGAUCCAGGUCCUAUUUGAAACUGUUGGAGAUUUGUUGUCAACUUUACCUGUUCUCAUAUGGCUAACUUAUGUUUGCAGUAAAGGACACUGAAAUAUGAAAUAUGCAAGUAGACAAAUAGUACUGGAAGAAUUCUAUUGAGGCUCUUCCAGGUUUUGUGUUGGUAUUUUCUCCAGUUUUUGAGAAUGUGUUUGAUAUAACAGUGUUUAUAAAUUUCUGUAAAAAUACAUUUUCAAAAUAACAUGAACAUGCUUUUUAUGAUAAUGCUCAAUGUAAAAAACGUGCUUAUUGUAUGUAAAAAGGAGAGGAAUCUUUUUUUGCUUAUAUGUUUAGAAAGAUGAUUAACUGUGUAAGGGCUAGAGUUUGCCAGCCACAUUCAAGCAGAGCUAAUCCAAAGCCACCAAGUCAAAGGAAAGAUGCCCACAGACUUCAGUGGGGUUUGAAGUGCAAUCACAGAGCAAAGCUCUUCCUAUGUCAACCCAGCAAUGCCAAUAGGAUCAUGGAAAAGGGGAUAUACUGUUUGAUCUUAUGGCACCUGGGGAACUUUAAGUCAGUAUCACACAAUCAGAGUUGUUUUAUACUGAACGUGAUUGCAUGAAAGACAGUGGGACAGCUUGUAAUUAAAAAUAAAUUAAAAAAAUUAGGUUUUAUAUAUUAGCCCGUAAGUGGUACAUUAUCUCUAAAAAAUCAAAUGACAGGAGUCAUCUGUCUUCAAUGGACAAGAAUUCUGACAUUAGUAGAACAAAAAAUCCAAUCCACCUUUUUAAAUUAAUGAUGGGAUGUAAUUGUCUAUCGUUUUGCAUCCAACAAGUCGUCAUCAAUUAUUUUUUAAGUUCCUGUAGCAGCUUGAGGGUUAAUAUUUCUAUCAGCUAAAUGGCAGUUGUUGGGAGGGCAGGGAGGUAAGAAUGGCAAAGGGAAGCAAAGACAUUUUUAUUAAACCUAAAAAAACCCUGUAAAUAGAAUUUUGGUUUUCACUUAAAGAGAUGUUUAGCUUGGAAAGUUGAGUAAAGACGACUUGUAACACAUCUGUAAACCAGACAAUGCAGGAGCAAAUGUGGACCUGUACUGAGACAAGAAAUUCUGCUGUUUUAUAAAUUACUCAAUCCUCAUUGUGAAUAUUUUGAACACUGUUAAGGAUACUGUACUGUAUUAAACAUGUAAAAAAAAAAAAUGUUUGUCAAAGUAGCUUACAAAAAUAAUAACUCCUUGAAUGGGAGAUUAUCUACGUCUGGAGAACUGUCGUAACUAAAUACCUGAUUCGUUAUGGUGUUGUAACUUAAUAGAAGCUAUUUGAGAGGAAGCAUGGUGUAUGAGAUUUUGUAAGUUAUUUGUGCUGGUUCUGUAUGUUGUGCCAUGUGUGUAAGACAAGAAUAAACUGCUGCUUUCGUUCAUCCCAUCCC